AUGACCUCCACUCAACCUGCGGCCACUCCCACACCCGACGAGCUAGACGCUUUCGCUACUCUUCAGCAUCAUCUCUUCACUGCUGUCAACAUCGCAAAAUCGCUCUCUAACCGAUGGCACGUCCCAAUGGCUUCAACCGAUCCCUCCCCCCUCAAUGAUUCCUCGUCGUCGCCUUCGUUACCUUUCUCUCCUGCAAGGGCGAAUGGAGAUGGAACGCGAAAGCCAAUUUAUCUUCCUCCCCCUCGCAUGUCUUCUCCGCAACGACGAUACCCUUUGAACGGUGAUCCAUCUCCCAGACAAUCGACCCUUUCCCAACCUCCUUUCGAUUCCCGUGGUCCUGGUGCCAGCGUCAAUGGCGUUGGUGGACCCAAUACUGCGAGUCGUUUUACGACUAUCGACCGUGAAGAAGGUUAUGCAAAACACGAAGAUGAAGUAGGUUCAAGACCCCCUUCCCAUCGUGAGGAGGCUCCACGAGGUGGCGCUGGUCGCAGUGAAUAUCCACCCCGACCUCCCUACAACAGGCCUGAUGAUGUAGAAAUGUCACAUCCUCCCCCUGAGACGAUGGACACUUGGAAAGCUGCGGAGGCUGACUAUCGACGAUACCAACAAGAUAUGGAAGCUCGCCACAUGGAGCAUUCUCGAGGCGAAAGGGAAGACUUUGUAGGUAUGAAAGGUGGUAGGAAUAAUUCCAAUCAGCAUGGUCAACAACGGGACACAAUGGUUCAUCGAAGGCCUCUUCCUUUACCCAUACCUAAAACCGGAUCUGCUCCUGCCCACGAUGGCCCACCGCCCCCACCGCCUCCACCAGGAGUGCCUGCCAUCCAGAUGAUCCACGUUUUACUCAUCGAGAUAUACCUCCUCACCUUCUUCCUACCGGAGCACCUGGAUAUCCACACACCGUGCCUUCCCAAGGUCCCCAUGCACGCGUUACCGCCACAUCUUCAUCACUCUCAUCCCUACCCACCUCCUCAUGGGUUCCAUCCAGGACCCAUAACGAAUCCUGAUGGGACGCUUGUUCAUUCCAUCAUUCGUCCCCCCAUUACGCCCGCUACCCCUGGCAGAAGACCUGCGUCUGCCAUCACGAUCAAUGCUCAUGGUCAGAGGACCUGUAAACAGUGUGGACAGCCUGGACGUUAUAAGGACGGGAGGUGUAUUGAGAAAUGGGGACCUGGACCCUCUGGACCGGGAACUGUCUGUGACAGAUGCCGGAAGAGGAUGAAACGUGUCGAGCGGAGGAACUUGAUUGAGGCUCAGCUGUCACGCGAGCCUGCGCCUCAUGUUCACUUGACCAAUCCUACGCUUACUCCCAUUCAAGUUGCUCCCACUGCUCCUUCCCCUGUGUCGGCGAGUGCCACGAGUGCUGUCAACACUCCUGUAGAAGGCGAAGGUGUAGAGGAAGAUGGAGACGAGUUGGACGAGAGGGGGUCCGUCAUUGAUGUUGAUGAAAGUAGGUCGAGAUCGCCUUCGACGACGCGAGGAAGGAGGUCUAUUGCAAAAGGGCCUUCUAAUUCGGCCACCGAGGCGAUGACCACGAGUGGGAACCCACCCACAUUCCUUGCUUCAUGGUCGAAACACAACGCAAGUCAUCAUGGUGGAUCAACUACCGUCAAAGUCAGCUCGGAGAGGAGUUCCCAUCCUCUUAGGAGUUCUGUCUCGGGGAAUCCUUCUGGCCUCAGGGGCAGAGGGAGGAGAGGCACCGAGUCGGAUAGUGAUGAGGAUGAAGAUGGGAUUGGAAGUGAGAGGGAGACGAGGAGAGCAGAGUCGGAUGGCGAGAGUGGAAGUGUCAGUGCUGAGUCUGGCCGACGAGGGGGUAGAGGAGGCGACGAGGAUGGCGAGGAAGAGGGGGAUGUUGAUAUGGAGGAGCGUAGCGUUCCAUCUCAUAAUACUGUUAAGACUUCGCCAAGGUCUAUCCAUUCUCUUUCGAAUCCUCACCCUGUUCACCCACAUCCUCAUUCGCAAUCACUUUCACAACCUCGAUGGGGAUCGCGCACGAGUCCAACGGAGGGUUUGGUAGAUUCUGGGUCUUCUACGCUCGCGGAUUCAGAUGCUGUUACAGGUAGCACUGGCGCUUUGACAGCUGUCACUCCUGCUAGCAAUGGUGGUGAUGUCGGUGGCGGGAAUAGCGAUUCGAUGGGAUCGUCAUCGCCUGCUUCACCAGCUGCUGGUGGUAUGUCUUCGAGUUUGGCGAAAGUGUUGGGGAAGAGGAGAAGCCCUAGCGCUAUCGGCGAGAGGGAGGUCGCGAGGAGGAAGUUGGGUGUUGAAUCGUCGAGGAAUGUUGUUGCAGGCGUGGAGGCUUAA